CUGGCCCUCGGCUCCCGCCCCUCCUGGCCCUGCUUCGCCUGCUCCUCCGGCCCUGCUCCCCGGGGGCGGCCAGCACACUCUCCCUCCGGCUGCCGGCCCGACAUGCCCCCUCCUCUCGCCGCCCUCCUGCUCCUCCCGCUGCUGGGGCUCCCUGCCCAGGGCAUUCGGGAGCCGGGGGGCCCGGGCCCUGCCCCGCCGCCGGACCCCUCCGUGGUCAUCGCCCUGCUGGCCCGCAACGCCGCCCAUUCGCUGCCGCACUACCUGGGGGCUCUGGACCGGCUGGACUACCCCAAGGGACGCCUCGCCCUCUGCCUGUCACAGGUGUGCUACGGACCACAAUGAAGACAACACGACGCAGAUGCUGCAGGAGUGGCUGGCGGCCGUGGGCAAGGACUAUGCCUCUGUGACGUGGCGUCCCCAAGGCGAGCCUAGGUCCUACCCGGAGGAGGAAGGCCCCAAACACUGGACCAGGGAGCGCUACCAGUUCCUCAUGGAGCUGAGGCAGGAGGCCCUGGACUUUGCUCGGUCUUGGGGGGCUGACUAUAUCUUGUUCGCCGACACGGACAACAUCCUGACCAACAACCAGACCCUGCGCUUCCUGGUGGAGGAAGGGCGGCCGGUGGUGGCCCCCAUGCUGGACUCCCAGACCUUCUACUCCAACUUCUGGUGCGGGAUCACCCCCCAGGGGUAUUACCGACGCACGGUGGAAUAUUUUCCCACCAAGAAGCGGCAGCGGCUGGGCUGUUUCUCAGUCCCCAUGGUCCACUCCACUUUCCUGCUGGCUCUACGUGGGGAGGGGGCUGCCCGGCUCGCCUUCUACCCCCCCCACCCCAACUACACCUGGCCGUUUGAUGACAUCAUCGUCUUUGCGUUCUCCUGCCAGGCUGCAGGCGUCUCCAUCCACGUCUGCAACCAGCAGCGCUUCGGCUAUUUGAACGUGCCCGCACAGCCCCACCAGGGUCUGGAGGACGACAGGGUCAACUUUAUCCACCUGGUCCUGGAGGCCAUGGUGGAUGGCCCUCCCAUGCAGCCUUCAGUCCACGUGUCCCUGCCCCCCAAGAAGCCUAGCCAGAUGGGGUUUGAUGAGGUGUUUGUCAUCAACCUGGCCCGCCGUCCAGACCGCCGGGAGCGGAUGCUGAACUCGCUGCACGAGCUGGAGAUUGUGGGGAGAGUGGUGGAGGCCGUGGACGGCAGCGCCCUCAACAGCAGCUCCAUCAAGAGUCUAGGUGUGGAUCUGCUCACUGGCUACUAUGACCCCUACUCCGGCCGCACGCUGACCAAGGGGGAGGUGGGCUGCUUCCUAAGCCACCAUGCUGUUUGGGAGGAGGUGGCAGCUCGGGGCCUGGGACAGGUUGUGGUGCUCGAGGACGACGUGCGCUUCGAGGCAAACUUCAAGCGUCGACUGGAACGGCUGCUGGAGGAGGUGGAGGCCAAGCAGCUGGAGUGGGAUCUGAUUUACUUGGGGCGGAAGCAGGUGACGUCGGAGGAAGAGGAGGCUGUGGCAGACGUCCACAACCUGGUGGUGGCCCACUACUCCUACUGGACCCUGGCCUACGCCCUGUCGCUUAGUGGGGCCCGUAAGCUGCUGGCGGCCCAGCCCCUCGGCAGGAUGCUGCCUGUGGACGAAUUCCUGCCCAUCAUGUAUGACAGGCAUCCAAAUGAGGAUUACAAGCAACAUUUCAGGCCCCGGGACCUGCGGGCCUUCGCGAUGCGCCCUAGUCUGGCCUUCCCCACGCACUACACCGGGGACGCCCAGUGGCUCAGCGACACGGAGACCUCCACCAUCUGGGACGACGACAGCAGGGCCACGGGCUGGAGCGGCUCCCACAAGACCCUGAAGGACACACGGCUCGAUGGCGGGGGCAGCAGCGGGCACAGCCUGCGCCCUACCUCCCGGGACGAGCUGUAACCCCGGGACCCGAGGGCCGGGUUCCGGGGAUCCUCUGGCCGGGUGCCCUCCGGAGCUUCAGGCAGGUUGCGCCGGAGGGAAUAGAGGUACCUACCUCCAUGGACCCCAGGCAGACAAGGAUUAAGUGAAGUCUCCUGGAAGUCGAUAACAGGGCCCCCCCGCCUCAGUUUCCCCUAUAGAGAGAGACUCCUUCCCUUUAGCAGUUAUCUGGGGCCUCUUUUCCCCAGACAGUUCCUCCCCAACCUGACACCCACACACACGUGCUUUCUCAGGGUUGGUCCUUGAUUCAGAGGGGCCAGGUUGCACCAGGGGUCCCCGUAAUGUGCCCCCUCACUGGCAUUACCCAAUCCUCAAAUGACUUCAAAUGAUCCAGUGAGGAGUAUCUAAUGAAUAUUUUCCCUAAAAGGGUAGUGGUGUUGGUUGGGCACCGGCAGGCACAGUCUCUUGCUGACCAGGGAAAGCCAGUUGGCAUGGCAAACCCCCAGUUUAAAGGGUAGGGACAGAAGGGGCUGUGCCCCUCCCACCCCCCCCCCCCCCCCCGCACAAGGCAGGUGGCUAGAAACCUCCAGUCCUGACUGGAUCUCUGCUAGCCUUUGCCCUUUCCUUGCCAGUGAUGUCUCUCCCCUCCUGGGAAGGGAUAAAGCCGGCUAACUGGUGCCAGCAAGGAUGUGGGGAUGCUUCUUUGGAUAUCUGGAUGGCUUCUCUGGAACGGGAGGUCUGCUGGGGGUUGGGGGAGGUGAGGAGAGGGUGAGUGGGUGGGUGGGGGCGGGUUCUCUUCUGGGAUCUGAUUCAUGGAAUAAAGUGGAAAAAAAUUCUCCAAA